AUGUCGGCCCCAGUGCAGUGCCCAGUUCAUCCAGACGUCCAUUUGAUCGAAGAUCACCGAGCCGGAGAUUUGGUGUGUCCGGCAUGCGGACUCGUCGUCGGAGAUCGGUAAGUCUUGUUUCUCAACGUCUUCUCGUAAUACAAGCGUAGCCAAUAUUGAAUAUUUUCAGUCUCGUCGAUGUCGGAACAGAAUGGCGCUCAUUCUCGAACGAACGCAGUGGAAACGACCCGUCUCGUGUCGGAGCGCCAGAAAAUCCGCUACUCAGUGGCGGAGACUUGAGCACAACCAUCGCCGUCGGGUUCGGAGGCUCCGACAGUGAUAACAGUCUGGCCAAUGCGCAGAGAAAGUCGAUGAACAACACGGACCGUCAGAUGACAGCGGCGAUGAGCUUGAUUCGUGAGAUGAGCGAACGCAUUCAUCUGCCCAGAAAUAUUCAGGUUAGUUCAUAUUUAUUGAUUCGAUUCUAGUGAGAAUCUUGCAGGACAACGCAUCAAGAAUAUUCAAAGACGUGCUCGACAGUCGUGCUCUGCGCGGAAAGAACAACGAAGCGCAGGCGGCUGCGUGCCUCUACAUUGCCUGCAGAAAAGACGGAGUUCCCCGUACUUUCAAAGAAAUCUGCGCAGUUUCGCGAGUUUCCAAGAAAGAAAUCGGGCGUUGCUUCAAAAUAAUCGUUCGCAACCUCGAAACGAAUCUUGAACAAAUCACAUCGGCCGACUUUAUGUCUCGUUUCUGCGGUAAUCUCUACCUUCCCAAUUCUAUUCAGGCUGCCGCCACAAGAAUUGCGAAAAGAGCUGUCGAGAUGGAUUUGGUGGCGGGGUAAGAAAAAACUGUCGCAGAGAGUGAAAAUCAAUAUAUUAAUUUCAGACGCACUCCGAUUUCAAUUGCCGCAGCCGCCAUUUACAUGGCUUCGCAAGCAUCGGGAGAGAAAAGAUCGGCGAAAGAGAUCGGAGAUGUUGCUGGAGCGGCUGAGAUCACCGUCAGGCAGGCGUACAAGCUACUGUACCCGAAGGCAGCGGAGUUGUUCCCCGAAGACUUCCGCUUCAGCACUCCAAUCGAGAAUCUGCCAUCGUCGUAA